CAUUUUAUUCUUACUUGAUUUUCCGCUUUCCUGAAAAUCUUUAUGUUUUACUCAAGAAAUUAUGUCAGGCCGUGGUAAGCAAGGUGGCAAAGCUCGCGCCAAGGCCAAGACCAGGUCUUCGCGGGCCGGGCUGCAGUUUCCCGUGGGCCGCGUGCACCGGCUGCUCCGCAAAGGCAACUACGCCGAGCGGGUCGGGGCCGGCGCGCCCGUGUACCUGGCGGCGGUGCUGGAGUACCUAACGGCCGAGAUCCUGGAGCUGGCGGGCAACGCGGCCCGCGACAACAAGAAGACGCGCAUCAUCCCGCGCCACCUGCAGCUGGCCAUCCGCAAUGACGAGGAGCUCAACAAGCUGCUGGGCCGCGUGACCAUCGCUCAGGGCGGCGUCCUGCCCAACAUCCAGGCCGUGCUGCUGCCCAAGAAGACCGAGAGCCACCACAAGGCCAAGGGAAAGUAAAGGGUUCUUGGCACGGGUAUUUUCAUCUUACGUUAAUCAGCCUAGCUUAAUAAAGGCUCUUUUCAGAGCCACCCAUAGUUUUUCUUUGAAAG